UGUUUGUAAAAAUUGUGAGCUUAUUAAUGAAAUUGUUGAAAACAAAUUGAAAACGUUUGACAUCAUAUCACAAGAGAAUAUAUCGCUUCAUAGCAGCUUAAUAAAAAUGAGAAAGGAAAUUGUUACUCUCCAGGCACAAGUAAUCGAGUUAAAUAAAGUCAUAUUUGCAGAACGUGAACAGAGUCUACAGCGAUUUAUGAAGGCACAAAAUCGGCAGGGUACCUCCGACACACUAAUGAGUAUUAUUGUAAAUGCCGACAGUAGUGAGUUACAAAAACGCCUUAUGUUAAAGAAAACCCUUGCAAUUGAUCCGAUAAUAAAAGACCAGGGCAAUUCAGUAACAAAUUAUGUAUUUGAAGAGCAGCAAGAAUUGUAUAAAGAAAAUUUAAGUCUUCUACAAACUUUGAAUUGGAAGUAUGUUAAACAACUCGAAGAACAACUAGAGAAAGCACAAGAGCAUGCUUCCGUUUUACUGGAUAUGUACACAAUAUAUCGUAAACAACUCUUUACUCAAAAAAUGGAGAAUUGCAAAGAUCACAGAGAAUUUUUGAAAUCCGCAGAUACAUUAACUAAAGCUAAUUGCAAGCAUGUGUUGGUAUUAGAGCAAAAUUUAAUCGAGAUUACAAGAAAAUCGGUUAAUGAAGAGGCGAAGGGCAUACUUAACUCUCUAUUAAGACAAAUUGAGAGACGGGAUAAACUUGUCAGCAUACUACGCCAACAACAAAUGAAACUGAGUUUGCAGAUUGAAGAGCUUCAAAAAGAAUCCCAACGAAAGCGAGACAUCUACAAUGAAGAGACCCGUAAGUUAAAAGAACACUUAAGGAGAGAGAGGGAAAAGUACAAUGUUUUGGAACAACGACGAGCUUUUGAUCUAGAAGGUUUUUCCACGGACAUAAAACAGUGUAAGAAAGAAAUGAUGAAAAUAAAGCAAAAGGUGUCCGGUAAAGCUAAACUUGUAGAAAAAAUAGAUGAUAUGUUGCUAAAGGUUAAAAAUGUUAAUAAAGUUUGAUUUGAU